AUGGAUCCUGCAAGCAGGGCUCUUCCACUGACAUGCUUCGAAACUAUAGACAUGUGGCCAUCUCCCAUGCCAACACCAGCUGAAGAGAUCGCGUAUCUCUUUUCCAAAGAUGAUGACGCUGAAAAAAAGCAGCGUCGUCGAUCAAAGAGUAUCUCUUCUUUGGAGAUUAGGAGGCAAAUCCACAUUCAAUCCGAGCAGAAACGGCGUGCACAAAUCAAGGAUGGGUUCGAGGAGCUAAGGAACCAGCUGCCUGCUUGUCUCAACAAAAAGAUGAGCAAGGUGACUUUAUUGCAUCGAACGGUACAGCACAUUCAGCACCUGAAAAGGACUCAAAUGUCCAUUCUAGCAGAAAUGGAAAGAUUAAUGCAAGAAAAUGAAGAGCUGCGCAAGUUUCAGCAAAGCGUCACUAUCCAACAAGAUGGUAGUGCAGCGGCAGCGGCAGCAGCGGCAGCAUUGUAUCCAUCACCUGUGUCUACGAUGGCCAAUCAAUUCCAUAUGUACAAGCAGGAUCAAUAA